GCCUGGGGCUGCGGAGGAGAGCGCCGUCGCUGGAGAGGUUUUUGUGGGGUCGCACCUGUUGCGUGACCCCCCCACGUUCCAGCUACCGGAAUCCGACCCCGAAUACACUGAAAGUGUGGCGAGAAGUCAAGACGAGUUCCAGGUCCCGCUCUCUGGGGAGCACGUGGCCUGCCCGCCUCCCGAGUGCCGGGCUGGUGGUCGGGGCUCCGGGGUCUACAAGGCCAGUGCAGCGGCCCAGGUCGGCAGGGGGCCCGCCUCCAACCAGCCAGCAAUUUUGAAAGACUGUCUUACUUCUCCCAUCUCAGUGCCAGGGCCGGGGCCCUUGGAGCCACUUGGCAGGGUCUGCACCCUAGCCCUCCUCCCCUCCCUCGUGACCGGGUUUCCAGGCGGUGCAGACCCUGGCGAACAGACUCCCCGGUUCCCCCCAGGGCUCGGGCAGCAUGGCCUCAGGCUGGCUGGACCAGUUAGCCUGAACUUUGACCAUCUUGCUCCAGAGCCCUGGCUCAUAGCGGGGUUAGUAGGGUGCUUGAGGCUGGCCCAUCCCCAUUCUGUUUCCUCACCUCCACCCCCUCAGGCCCAGUUACCAUCAGUCGAGUCACUCCUGGGAUUGAGGAGAGGAUGGGAGGGAUAAGGGGCAGGGAUGGAGGCCCCCCCUUCCUGAGGUUGCCUAGACAACAUCAGAAAUCGUGGCCAGGGCCUCUUCCGCCUGCGGGGCCUCUGCUUCCUGCAUCAGUCACUCCCGCUGGGGGCGGGGCGGAGGAAGGGGUUGGAUGUGGCAGAGCCAGGCCCAGCUGGUGCGGCUCAGACUACCCCCGCGGGCUCGGCGGCGGCCUGAGCCAUGGCAUCUUUUUCAUCUGGCCCCGGCAAUCCCCAGGCCAAAUAUCCCUUUAAGAAGCGGGCCAGCCUCCAGGCUUCCUUUGCACUACCAGAGGCUCGGGGUGGGCUGGGGGCCCCUCCGCUACAGUCUGCCCGAUCCCUGCCAGGCCCUGCCCCCUGCCUCAAGCACUUCCCGCUCGACCUGCGCACGUCCAUGGAUGGCAAAUGCAAGGAGAUCGCCGAGGAGCUGUUCAGCCGCUCCCUGGCUGAGAGUGAGCUCCGCAGCGCCCCUUACGAGUUCCCUGAGGAGAGCCCCAUCGAACAGCUGGAGGAGCGGAGGCAGCGCCUGGAGCGGCAGAUCAGCCAGGAUGUCAAGCUGGAGCCGGACAUCCUGCUUCGGGCCAAGCAAGAUUUCCUGAAGACUGACAGUGACUCGGACUUCCAGCUCUACAAGGAGCAGGGUGAGGGGCAGGGUGACCGGGGCCUGUGGGAGCGCGACGUGGUGCUGGAGCGGGAGUUUCAGCGGGUGACCAUCUCUGGCGAGGAGAAGUGUGGGGUGCCCUUCACAGACCUGCUGGAUGCGGCCAAGAGUGUGGUGCGGGCGCUGUUCAUCCGGGAGAAGUACAUGGCCCUGUCGCUGCAGAGCUUCUGCCCCACCACCCGCCGGUAUCUGCAGCAGCUGGCCGAGAAGCCCCUGGAGACACGCACCUACGAGCAGGGCCCCGACACCCCCGUGUCCGCUGAUGCCCCGGUGCACCCACCAGUGCUGGAGCAGCACCCCUAUGAGCACUGUGAGCCGAGCACCAUGCCAGGGGACCUGGGCUUGGGUCUGCGCAUGGUGCGGGGCGUGGUUCAUGUGUACACCCACAGGGAACCUGAUGAGCACUACACAGAGGUGGAGCUGCCAUAUCCCGACCUGCAGGAAUUUGUGGCAGAUGUCAAUGUGCUGAUGGCUCUGAUCAUCAAUGGCCCCAUAAAGUCAUUCUGUUACCGCCGGCUCCAGUACCUGAGCUCCAAGUUCCAGAUGCAUGUGCUGCUCAACGAAAUGAAGGAGCUGGCCGCGCAGAAGAAGGUGCCACACCGAGAUUUCUACAAUAUCCGCAAGGUGGACACGCACAUCCAUGCCUCAUCCUGCAUGAACCAGAAGCAUCUGCUGCGCUUCAUCAAACGGGCGAUGAAGCGGCACCUGGAGGAGAUCGUGCACGUGGAGCAGGGUCGUGAGCAGACGCUACGGGAGGUCUUCGAGAGCAUGAACCUCACGGCCUAUGACCUGAGUGUGGACACGCUCGAUGUGCACGCAGACAGAAACACCUUCCAUCGCUUUGACAAGUUCAAUGCCAAAUACAACCCCAUUGGGGAGUCUGUCCUCCGAGAGAUCUUCAUCAAGACGGACAACAGGGUUUCUGGGAAGUACUUUGCUCACAUCAUCAAGGAGGUGAUGUCUGACCUGGAGGAGAGCAAAUACCAGAAUGCGGAGCUGCGGCUCUCCAUCUACGGGCGCUCAAGGGACGAGUGGGACAAGCUAGCGCGCUGGGCUGUCAUGCACCGUGUACACUCCCCCAACGUUCGCUGGCUCGUGCAGGUGCCCCGCCUCUUCGAUGUGUACCGUACCAAGGGCCAGCUGGCCAACUUCCAGGAGAUGCUGGAGAACAUUUUCCUGCCUUUGUUUGAGGCCACCAUCCACCCUGCCAGCCACCCGGAGCUGCAUCUCUUCCUGGAGCAUGUGGACGGCUUUGACAGUGUGGAUGAUGAGUCCAAGCCCGAGAACCACGUCUUCAACCUGGAGAGCCCGCUCCCUGAGGCUUGGGUGGAGGAGGACAACCCGCCCUACGCCUACUACCUGUACUACACCUUCGCCAACAUGGCCAUGCUGAACCACCUUCGCAGACAGAGGGGCUUCCAUACGUUCGUGCUGAGGCCACACUGCGGGGAGGCAGGGCCCAUCCACCACCUGGUGUCGGCCUUCAUGCUGGCUGAGAACAUCUCGCACGGGCUGCUUCUGCGCAAGGCCCCGGUCCUGCAGUACCUGUAUUACCUGGCCCAGGUUGGCAUCGCCAUGUCCCCGCUCAGCAACAACAGCCUCUUCCUCAGCUACCACCGGAACCCGCUGCCCGAGUACUUGUCCCGUGGCCUCAUGGUCUCGCUGUCCACGGACGAUCCCCUGCAGUUCCAUUUCACCAAGGAGCCGCUGAUGGAGGAGUAUAGCAUCGCCACCCAGGUGUGGAAGCUCAGCUCCUGUGACAUGUGCGAGCUGGCACGCAAUAGCGUGCUCAUGAGUGGCUUCUCCCACAAGGUGAAGAGCCACUGGCUGGGACCCAACUAUACCAAGGAGGGCCCUGAGGGCAACGACAUCCGCCGCACCAACGUGCCCGACAUCCGCGUGGGCUACCGCCACGAGACCCUGUGCCAGGAGCUGGCGCUCAUCACGCAGGCCGUGCAGAGCGAGACGCUGGAGACCAUCCCGGAGGAGGCGGGCAUCACCAUGAGCCCCGGGCCUCAGUGAGCCUGGCACCUUGCCCGCGUCCUGUCUGCAGACCCCUCCUGGCCUGUUACGGUCUCUGCAUGUGUCGUUCCUUGUUCUGUCCUGCAUGUUUCUACCUGUGUCUGUUCGUGUGCUGCCCUGGGGCGAGUGGGGCCGGUUUGCCCUCAUCUUGGCUCACGUGGCAUCUGAGGGCCCAGGCUUGAGCUCUGUCCUUCCAGAAGCCUUGUCCCAGGAUCCUCUGAAGCCUGACUGGUCCUUCGGGCAUCUGAGAGCUCGGGAUGGUUGUGGGGGGCUGGCCCCUCUAGCCCUUGGGGUCCUGCUUGGGUAAAUUCAAGCUUGACUGGGGCUUGAAUUUAGUGGCCGGGGAGGCAGUCAGGUGUGGCCUAUACACAUAUGUUGUUGUGGGCAUGGGCUGCCUGGGAUCUGUGAGCUCCAGCGGCUCUACGGCAGGUAGGGUCGGCUGAGUCCCAGCCUUGGCUGCCUGGACUCGGGCCCUGGAGGUGCUGGACCUGCCUCUGCCAAGUCACUGCCCAGUAGUUUCCUCCGUCCUUUCUCUGGUCCGUGUGCUUCUCUGGUGUCAGCUUCCUGUGCCUCUGUGGGAGGGGGCAGCCGCCCUGUGCUGUGUUCGGGGCCCUUGUAGCGGGAGGGUCCCAGAUCUGCCACCAGCCCUGAGAGUAGUAACCCCACUGUGGUCCCCAGAGUUUUGACUACACCUGGAUCCCCCCGGGUCCCCUGUGUUGUGAUCUGGACUGAGGCCUUUGCUAUGAAAUGCAGUGUUUCAUACAAUCCCAUCUUUCCUAGUGCAUGAGAAAUAAAGAUUAUUUAAGUAAUGAG